AUGAAUCGCUUUGGUGACAUCGAUGCUUCAUUUAAGAGGCUUCCACCUGUUUAUGGUUAUCGCAGUGAAAAACCUGUUCAAAUUGAAAAAGCACUUGAACCUAUUGAGCCUCAAAUUGAUGAAUUACCCUAUUACAUAAAGAUAGCUAAACGAAACUGUCAUUAUCCAUCAGAACAUGGACUAACACGUGAUCAAGCAGCUGCUGUUUACAUCUAUACAAUGGAAUGGGGUGAUACUACUUUGUAUCGUGUAUUAAAUAGAGCAUUACGAUCCGAAAACCGACAAGAAGUUAAGGUAUGGUUUCCAUACUUAAAGUUAUUUGAUACAGCAUUGGAUGCAUUACCUACUGCCAAAGAGGCAGUAUGGAGAGGUGUACCACUUGAUAUUGGCAAGAACUUCACCAAAAAUCAAAUUGUAACAUGGUGGAGUGUUAAUUCAUGUUCGUCAUCAGUGAAUGUUAUCAAAGAUUUUCUUGGCAAUAAAAAAAAUUCAACACUUUUUAUGAUUGAAGCUUUGAAUGGAAAAAAAGUUUCUGGAUAUACAGAAUAUGAAACAGAAGAUGAAGUUAUUUUACGAAUGGGUUCACAAUUUCGCGUGAAGAGUGAUCCGUUAGAACAAUCUAACGGUUCAUACCUUGUGCAUUUAAUUGAAAUCGAUGACAACGAUGAUGAACCAUCAGCAUCGGCUAUGAAUAACAUGAAACUAUCCGCAGCACAACCAUCAAUUAAAACUACAUCAAGUAAGUUAUUUAAACUUUUUCUCAAUGCAAUAACGUUUUAUAUAAAAUAUAUACGUAUAUAUACUGAAUAAUUCAAAAAACGUCUGAAUUCUGAUUAGUGUAUAUAUGAAUAAGACAGAAUUUCGGUAAAUAUCUAAAAUUAUUAAAUAAAUAGAGAGAAUUCUGUAAGAAUGCUUACUUUUUCUUGAAUAGAUUUUUUACAAGAAUUGUUUUCAUUAAGAAAAGUGUUCG